CUUUCAACGGUUCCCGGAGCCGGUUAUUCGAUCGUUCUUCGUCUUUUCCACCACUAUUAGACCUCACCCUUCUCCUCCGCAUAUUCGUCUCCCCUGUUUACAGACCCCAUUGUUGUUCCUCUCUCUCAUUCUAUCUCUCUUCACCCGUCUCAUUUCCCAUGGGGGAAGCGAACGGGAAGGCUUCAGAUCUGAAAGCCGGCUUCGUGCAGAUCUACUCCCAGCUAAAAUCCGAGCUCCUCGAGGACCCAGCCUUCAGUUUCACCGAAGAUUCUCGGCAAUGGAUCGAUAGGAUGCUGGACUACAAUGUACCAGGAGGGAAGCUCAAUCGUGGUAUCUCCGUGGUUGAUAGCUUUGAAAUUCUUAAAGGAAGCCAACUCUGCCAUGAUGAGUUUUUCCGUGCAGGUGUACUUGGCUGGUGUGUUGAAUGGCUUCAAGCAUAUUUUCUUGUUCUUGAUGAUAUGAUGGACAAUUCUUACACGAGGCGUGGUCAGCCUUGCUGGUUUAGAUUACCUGAGGUUGGUACUAUUGCUGCAAAUGAUGGAAUUAUACUUCGUAACCACAUACCUAGGAUUCUCCAUCGUCAUUUCAGGGAUAAAACUUACUAUGCUCAUCUCCUGGACCUAUUUAAUGAGGUUGAAUUCCAGACAGCUUCAGGUCAGAUGCUGGAUCUGAUAACUACUCAUGAAGGAAAGAAGGAUCUAUCCAAAUAUAAAAUGCCUGUGUACAAUCGUAUUGUUCAGUACAAGACGGCGUAUUAUUCAUUUUAUCUUCCUGUUGCAUGUGCCUUACUAAUGGCUGGUGAAAAUUUGGACAACUACGUUGAUUUAAAAAGAGUUCUUGUGGAGAUGGGAACAUACUUUCAAGUACAGGAUGAUUACUUGGACUGCUUUGGUGAUCCUUCACUUAUUGGAAAGAUUGGAACUGACAUUGAAGAUUUUAAGUGCUCUUGGCUUAUUGUGCAAGCGCUUGAAAUAGCUGAUGAAAACCAACUAAAAUUUUUGGAGGAGAACUAUGGGAAUCCAGAUCCAGCUUGUGUUGCCAAAGUUAAAUCCCUUUACAAUGAUCUCAAUCUCCAGGCAAAAUUUUCGGAGUACGAGCGAUCGAGCUACGAGCAGCUAAUCUCCUCCAUAGAAGCUCAGCCAAGCAAACAAGUCCAGGAGGUACUCAAGUCUUUCCUGCAUAAGAUCUAUAAAAGACAGAAGUAGAGUUCUUCUGCAUGCCUCCAUGUUAAGGAUAAUAAUGUUAUACCCAAGCAAGAACACUUCAGUCUAUUCUUUCCUGUGUUUUAUUUGUACCAAUAUGUAAUUUUAUAAUGUUUGAUUUUUGGACAAAACCUGCAAUUUGUAUUUUAUUUUCUUCCCCUUGAAUUUUCAGUUCAGAGUUGGUUUGUUUUUCUUUUUCAUAAA